UUUAUUUUUUUUUAAGUCGUAGGACAUAUUUUAGUUUCGGAUUCGACUCUGAAUAGCUCCUCGAAAUCUUCAAAUCCCUAAAUUUUCAAAUAUCGAAAUCCCAAAUUGAUCGAUUUUUAGAAACCCUAAUUUGAAAAUCAAUCAUUCAUCAUAAUAGCAAUGGCAUCUCAGAAGAAAGAAUCAGAGGGAAUUGCUUUACUGUCGAUCUACGGCGACGACGAAGAAGAAGAUGACGAAAUGGAACUACACCAACAAGAAGAAGAAGAAGAAGAAGAUGAAAGGCAACAAGAACACAACAUACCUGAGUCCCAAAACGUCGCCGUUUCAAUGGACACCGACCUCCAAGAUGAUGAGAACAACAACCGAAUUAUCGGGUCUGAUUCGGGUCGGAGUUCAACUCCUUCACCACAAAUUCAACAAUUGACGCCUAAUAAGGUUUCGAAUUUCGGUGUUGGGUCUACUACUAAUACGCCGUUAAUGUCUGUUUCUUCUCCAAAUCCUCAGCCAGUUGAGUUGAAUAUGAAUAUGAAUGUGAAUGUGAAUGUGAAUGUGAAUGUGAAUGUGAGUAGACGAGCUAGGGUUACUAUUGUUGAUUAUGCUCAUGAUGAAGUUAACAUGUCUCCCGAGCCUGAGGAAGGAGAAGUAAUGGCCAGUGGAAGAGUUAUGUACGGAGAGGAACUUCAAACUUUUAGCGUUGAAUCUAUUGAAAAGGCUUCACCAGCUCUUCAGGUUAGAAUACCUAGCACUGAAACCUCUCCUCAGUCAGCUGAACCAACUGAUCGAAUCGAUGAUACGAUGGAUUUUGCUGUUAAUGAAGGACAUGGAGUAGCUGAAGAAUCUGUUAUGGUUCCUGCUGAAGAACAAAAAGAAGUAGAUCUGUUGGAGAAAUUUCUUCCUCCUCCACCAAAGGAAAAGUGUUCAGUUGAAUUGCAAGACAAGUUCAAGAAAUUUCUUGAUUUAAAGAAGACUGGUAGAAGCUUUAACGCAGAAGUACGCAACAAAAAGGCGUAUCGGAAUCCAGACUUCUUGCUGCAUGCAGUGACUUAUCACGAUAUUGACCAGAUAGGAUCUUGCUUCAGUAAAGACGUAUUUGAUCCGCAUGGAUAUGACAAAAGUGACUUCUAUGAUGAAAUAGAGGCUGACAUGAGGCGUGAAAUGGAGAGAAGGGAGCAAGAGCGUAAGAGGAGUCCAAAAGUUGACUUCAUAUCGGGAGGAACACAAUCUGCAGUUCCUACACCAAAAAUCAAUCUGCCGAUUCCAGGGAUGGCUCCUGCUGCUGCUGGUGCAUUACCACCCACUGCAGAUGUUGUAACUCGGGAUGGUAGACAGAACAAAAAGUCUAAGUGGGACAAGGUGGAUGGUGAUCGGAGAGACCUUGUUUCUGCUGUUGGUGCCCAUGCAGCACUUCUAUCAGCUGCUAAUGCUGGUGCUGGUUACACUGCAUUUGCGCAACAAAGACGCCGGGAGGCUGAAGAGAAGCGACCUACUGACAAGAAAUUAGAUAGAAGAUCUUGACAAUCUAAUUUGACAUGGUGACUCCUGAAACUAUUGCAGCCAUAGCACUCGAGCAUACAUAUGGAAGUGUAAUGCCUCUACAAGAUAUUCUGGGCUCAUGAUCAUGAUCAUCUUUGCUGUGUAUAGACGAGCUUUAGAACUUUCUUCGUCUGUCUUACCUUUUCCAACACAUCCAGUCCUGUACAAGUGUUGGCAAGGAAAAAGCGCCAUCUUCCAUAGAGCAAUGAGGCCUCAUUUACAAAUGCAGUUUACUGGCAACAUGGAAGAUUCCUAUCUAUUGUAAAUUGUAUACCUUGAUGUACCCAAUUUUUAUUUGCAGUGAAGUCAAUUACGAAGUUGUGAGUGUAACCAUGAGAGUCAGUGGAAGAAUUUUCAAUAUGAAAACUUGGGGAAAGUAACUUGUGUUAGUCUUCUUUUUGCUCUGUGCGCAAUAGAUGCAAAGUCUUUUCUUUUUAGCUGUACUCUUUUGACAGAUUCCUGGAAGAGGUGAACAUUUUCAAUGUACUUUCUUUGAAAAGUUGGAUACUUUGAUUUCUUUAUCCAGUCAAAUUUCAUUAUUGAGUA